AUGGGAAACAAGCCCAGCAGCCCGUUGGCAACCUGCCUCGACAAGGUCUGCGACGGCCGAUCAUCCUGUGUUGGAUACCCAAACGACCCUCUCUACCAGAUCAACUGGGUGAAGCCGUACAACCUGGACAUCCCUGUGAAGCCUAUCGCCGUCACCAAGCCCUCCACCAAGGAGGAUGUCGCAGGUUUCGUCAAGUGUGCCGCAGACAAUAACGUCAAGGUACAGCCAAAGUCAGGCGGACAUUCAUACGCCAACUUUGGCCUGGGUGGCACUGACGGCGCCCUCGUCAUCGACCUUGCCAACAUGCAACACUUUUCCAUGGACACAGAUACAUGGCAAGCGACCAUCGGCGGAGGCCACAGGCUGCACGACGUCACCGAGAAGCUGCACGACAACGGCAAGCGUGCAAUGUCCCACGGCACAUGUCCUGGCGUGGGCAUCGGCGGCCAUGCAACAAUCGGCGGUCUUGGACCCAGUUCACGAAUGUGGGGAAGCUGCCUCGACCACGUUCUCGAGGUUGAAGUCGUCACCGCAGACGGCAAGAUCCAGCGCGCAAGCGAAACCCAGAACUCGGAUCUGUUCUUCGCUCUCAAGGGCGCCGGCGCCGGCUUCGGCGUCAUCACCGAGUUCGUCGUCAAGACCCACCCCGAGCCCGGCGAUGUCGUACAAUACUCCUACGCCAUCACCUUCACCCGCCACCGCGACCUCGCCCCGAUUUUCAAGCAAUGGCAGGACCUCAUCACCGACCCAGAUUUGGAUCGCCGCUUCAGUAGCGAGUUUGUCAUGCAGGAACUCGGAGUCAUCAUUUCGGCAACCUUUUACGGCACCGAGGACGAAUUCAAGAAGACGGGCAUCCCCGACCGCAUUCCAGCUGGGAAGGUCUCUGUUGUGGUGAAUGACUGGCUUGGGGACGUUGCGCAAAAGGCCCAGGACGCAGCUCUUUGGCUUAGCGAAGUUCAGUCACCAUUUACGGCGAAGAGCUUGGCCUUUACCCGCGACGACCUUCUUCCCGAGGCGGGCAUCCAGGACCUCAUGAACUACAUUGACGGCGCCGACCGCGGCACCCUGAUCUGGUUCCUCAUCUUCGACGUCACGGGCGGCGCCAUCAACGACAUUGCUAUGAAUGCGACUGCCUACCGCCAUCGCGACAAGAUCAUGUUCUGCCAAGGCUACGGCGUUGGCCUGCCGACACUCAGCCAAAAGACCAAGGACUUCAUGUCAGGCAUCGCGUCAACGAUCCGAAAGGCAAGCCCGAAUGACCUGAGCACGUAUGCAGGCUACGUCGACCCGACGCUGGAGGACGCGCAAGAGAAGUACUGGGGUUCCAAUCUGCCUGCUCUCCAACGCAUCAAGGCCGCGUGGGACCCCAAGGACCUCUUUUCAAAUCCCCAGAGCGUGCGGCCCGAUGCCAACGCCAAGGACGUCGCGCCUGCGAACAAUUCUGAACCCUCAUCACCCUAG